UCUGAAAGCUAUGCUUCACUGUUUUGAUUAAUUUUGAAAUAGGUUUACGUUAUUACACACAACUCAGAGUUUUCUACCAUAUUCGUAAUUCGAUGGCACUCCGUUCAAAUGACCCAUAAGCAAAUUAAAAAAAACGCCACUUCGUUUAUUUUCACCUCUAUAAUGAGCGUAGAUGCAUUAAGCAGAAAUCGAACGGUAAACACAGCCAAACAGCUUCGAUGUUGUAAUUUGUGAGUACAUCAUUGACCAUUUUCAUUGGUAACCGCGGUAGCUAUGUCUUCUCCAGCGGCGGACGCAGCAAAUUCCCCAUCCCACGGACAUAUCGAGGCGGAAUUUGCGCAUGCGUUAGGUAAUCUUCGCGCGUUUCUUGAUGGACAGCUAGCUUUUCAGCCGCAACCCCCGCCGAUUCCGCUCUCGUCAAUGGCAACUACGGCUAUGCUCGCCAGCCAGCCUCUUAUAGGAGGCUCAACGACAUUCCAGCGUGCCCACAUUCAAACGCUACGAAGUCUUGAACAAUGGAGUACGGUACUGAACGACUAUCUCAACUUGCUUGACGGUUGUUGUGCCUCGCAUCCUAUGUUGCGUCAACGUGUGGCUGCCAUAACUCGACGUCUGCUGAGAUUGCAGCUUAGCGGAAAUCUUCCGCAACCGUCAGCGUCGUCCUAUCCAAUUCCAAUGGCAGGACUCACUGCAUUGCACUCCCAUCAGAUCGGGCGAAAUUUACAGUGCAUUACCCCGUUUAACAGCAAACAAAAUGUUCAUUUGGGAGCUGGAUCGUGUCCCAGUGGGCCUUGUGCUUCGAACGGUCCUGGAAUGCGCAGCCCAGAUCAGCACCUUGUGGGUACGCCAUCGUGUUCCGGAAUAUUGUUACCAAAAGUGGUGGAUCAUCGAGUGCAUGGCAAUAUAUGAUAUAAACAGUUUUAAUGAAAAUAAAUUUUAUUAGUAUUA